AUGCCGCUAAACAUCCUCUGCUUCGGCAACUCCCUGACCGCAGGUUUUCGAUCCUACGGCAUCAAGCCUGACCACCCCUAUGCUUUGACCCUAAAAGAACAACUCCUCGCCGCCGGAUUAGAUGCUUCAAUCCUUGGGGGAGAUGGAAAAGUUGAUAUUGAUGUUGAAGGGCAACCGGGAGAUUUGGUGAACUGUCCUCCUGGACAUUUUGUAGAGAGGAUGAAGUGGAUGUUAGAUGCAAAAACAUUCGAUUGGAUCAUUGUACUCGGUGGUACAAAUGACUUAGGCUACGGCUCCUUCACCCCAGACCAAAUCUACACCGGCCUCAAAAUAACCUGGACUCUAGCCCUAUCUGCCCCACCAAACACCAAGAUCCUCGCCCUAACGGUGCCCGAAUGCGCGUCCACAAACGCGAAACUGACUCGCAACCGGAAUGCGUUGAAUAAAUUAAUUUUGGAGCAUGAGGAGGAGAGGUUUUAUGCGUUUGACCUCAAAUCUGCGAUCCCGUAUCAUGAUAUGGAUGAGAAGCGGCGAGAGGAGAUUUGGGCUGAUGGACUGCAUUUCACAGAGAAAGGGUAUGAUUUGAUGGGGGAGGUUAUUGCAGAGAGACUUUUGGAGUUGUUGAUACAGUCUUCUUCUACAUGA